UGAUCUGGCAUCCCUGAUUGAAUAAACUUUCAAGUGUAAUAUUGUGAUUUUCAGAGAAAAAAUUUAGAAACAUUUUUGUAUAACUGCAGCAUUUUGCGAGUGAUUAUUUACUAAAACACCCUUGGUUAAUAGAAUUUAAUAAAUUCUACGAUGGAAGGAAAAGGAAAAAAAAAAGGAAAAAAACAAUCAUCCUUCGAGUCGCAACAGCCGCAAACUGGAGCGGAUCAGCAUGGAGGGAAAGGAAAGGGGAAACAAGAGAAUCCCCCCAUAUCAAUAUCGGAAAGUUCCGGAGAUACUCAACCGGCUCGUGCCCAUGGCGGAGGUGAUGCUGGGCAGAAUCUACCGAAAUCUCAAUCAAAAUACAAACAAAGACAACAGCAACAACAACAACAAAAAUCCCAACAGGACAUGCCUCAACAACAGCAACAAAUGUUCCAGCAGGUAAAACCACAACAACAACAACCUCAGCAGCAACAACAAAAACCCCACCAGGGGAUGCCACAACAACCACAACAGCAGAAGCAACCUAAACACCAGCAGGACAAACCACAUCAAAAUCAACCUCAGCAGCAACAACAAAAACCCCAGCAUGACAAGCCACAACAACAACAACAGCAACAGCAGAAGCAAGAGCAACCAUCGACAGAGCCGCCAGCCCGAGUCAAGUUAUCUUUCAAACAAAGACAACAGUUGAAACAGAAGCAAGAACCGCAAGAACCAGGGCCUUCACAAACCCCGCGCGAGACCACGCCGUCUUCUCAUGAUUCGUCACCUUCGCAUGCUGCUGCGCUGCAAAAAGUGGAAGAAGAUUUCGGCGCUAUGAAGAUUGAUAAACAAAAGAUCCAAUCUACCCAUCUACUACCGGUUCUCAGUCGUGCAAAUGCGUUCGGAACCCGUGGCAAAGCAAUCUCAAUCGAAGUCAACUACGUCCAGCUGCUUGUAGACCGUCUGAUCGGUUCGGCCUACCACUACGAUGUAGAUAUCAAACCGGCAGCAUCGCGCAAGUGGCAGAGAGCUGCUUUUUCUGCGUUCGCUAGAGAAAUGUUCCCGGGGUACAAUUUCGGUUUCGAUGGGAACAAGAAUGCAUACUCUGCCAAACGGCUGAAAACGGAUUACCACGAAAAGGAGGUGACUGUACGCGAAGAUGGUCGGGAGAGAAAGUUCACCGUCACCAUGAAGGAAGCGGCCGUCGUAGACAUGAGCUGUUUGAAAACCUAUAUGAACAAUGGUAGCCUCGUCAAACCGAUGGCUGCCAUCCAAUGCUUAGACGUAGUUCUUCGAACUGCCUAUGAAAAUAAUCCCAAUUUUGUGAAGUUCAAAAAAUCUAUCUACGCCGUUCCGAGUCAGCCCGAAGAUAUCGGCGCCAACCACGAAUUGUGGUACGGAUUGUUCCAGUCGGCAUUGUUAGGAUCCAAACCUUUCCUCAAUAUAGAUGUGUCACAUAAAGCGUUCCCAUCUGGAGGUCCAGUGUUGAGUGUUCUGGCCAACUUGAAUCGAUCAUCAGUUCCGGAUCAGGUGCCCGAUUGGUUGGCGAGAGAGUUAACAACGUAUCUCAAAGGAAUGGAAAUAAGCUACACGGGUCCUACUGCAGCGAAUAAGAUUUUUAAAUUCAACCGAUUGAAGGGUCCGGCUAACAAAGAAUCUUUUAAGUUAGACAAUGGCACAGUUGUGACCGUUGACCAGUACUUCCGGCAGCAAGGAAUGCCUCUUAGGUACCCAAAUCUUCCGGUUAUGCACGUUGGAAGUCUUGUACGCAACGUUCUACUGCCAAUUGAACUGUGCAGCAUUCCCCGUGGACAAGCGCUGACUAAAAAGCAUCCGGACCAAUGCACCCAAAUGAUAAUCCGACGAUCGGCCACCGAUACGGCAACUAGGAAACGCAAAAUUAUGGAUUUGUUUAACCAAAUCGGCUACAAUAAUAGUCCAGCUAUAAAGGAAUUCGGUGUUUCUGUUGGUAACACUUUCGAAAAAGUCGAUGGCCGUGUCAUCGAUCCUCCGUCUCUGAUUUAUCGCAAUAACGGCGAGGCUAGGCCACAGCGAGGUGUCUGGCGAGCGGAUAAUUUCAAUUUCUUAACGCCCAGCACUGAAGUCGUGCGUCGUGAACUUCGCUGGACUAUACUGAAUUUGGAUUUCAGAACUAGACCCGAUGCUAUUGAACAAUUCGGCAGAAGCAUUUCCCAAAUGGCUCAAAAGCAGAACGUCCAACUAGAGCCAUUUUCGAUGAGAAACAAUUUUACCGAGCCACGCGACAUGAGAACGUGCAUUCGAGAUUUAGAUAACAUCCUACAAGAUCUCAAGCAAAAGCAAAUGGACUUGGUCAUCGUAGUUAUUCCGGCUGCUGGCGGACCGAAUGGUGAUGUUUACGCCAAGGUUAAACAGAAGGCUGAACUAGUAACUGGUCUGUUGACACAGUGCAUUAAAGGAGACACGCUGUUCAAAAAACGAGGCGAUCUGAGUACCAUAAGCAAUAUAUGGUUGAAGAUAAACGCAAAAACAAAUGGCACCAACCAUGUACUGAAGUCGAUGUGCAAGCCACCAAUUUCUCGUCAGAAAGUGAUGUACAUUGGUGCCGAUGUUACGCAUCCGUCGCCAGAACAGACGAACAUCCCGAGUGUGGUUGGUGUUUCCGCAUCCUACGAUAUAGAAGGCUUCCGGUACAACUGCUGUUACCGGCUGCAGAACCCGAAAGACGAAAUGAUCCGUGAUCUGCAGAAUAUUGUGAGCAAACAGAUCCGAUUGUUCAAACAGCAGAACGGUAUCCUGCCCGAGCUGAUCAUGUACUACCGGGAUGGAGUUUCGGAAGGUCAGUUUGCAGAAAUACUGACCAUUGAGUUGAGGGCUAUACAGGCGGCGGCGGCAGAUGUGGAUCCCAGAUACAAACCAAAAAUCACCUUCAUAGUGGUGCAGAAGCGUCAUCAUGCACGAUUUUUCCCAACAGCAAACUGCCCAACGGAAGGAAGGAAUAACAACGUUGUGCCCGGGACAAUCGUUGAUCGGCACAUCACCGCCCCGAACCAAUAUCAGUUUUUCCUGGUUUCUCACGCGGCCGUACAAGGUGUCGCGAAACCAACCAAAUACUGUGUAUUGUACGACGACGAGAACUGUAAGCCGGAUGAGCUGCAGGCGCUCACGUACAAUCUGUGCCACAUGUUUGCACGCUGCAAUCGGGCAGUUUCGUAUCCGGCACCCACGUACUAUGCGCAUUUGGCUGCCUACAGAGGAAGAGUAUAUAUCAAAGAUCGCGCUCUGAAUAUGGAUAAUUUACUGCAAGAAUACCAGCGUUUGCAAAUUAGAACCGAAAUAAUCGAUGGCCAUCCAAUGUUUUUUGUUUAAUUUAUUGAUAACUGUUAUUCAUAUAAAAACAUCAUAUAUUUUAUUAUUAUUAUCAUAUUGUAAUUUGCUUUUCGUAUAUAACCACAAUAAAAAGAAAGAUAGGUUAAGUGCAAAUAUAAAACUUUUUUUUAGUUUUGGUCAAAGGUAAACUAGCCAACCAUCCAAAA